AUGGACAACUCUCCAUCUGCAUCAUCUCUACCAUCUUCAUCUCUUCUAUCUCCACCAUCUCCAUCUGCAUCAUCUCUACCAUCUCCAGCUCUUCCAUCUCCAUCAGCUCCAUCUGCAUCAUCUCUACCAUCUUCAUCUCUUCUAUCUCCACCAUCUCCAUCUGCAUCAUCUCUACCAUCUCCAGCUCUUCCAUCUCCAUCAGCUCCAUCUGCAUCAUCUCUACCAUCUUCAUCUCUUCUAUCUCCACCAUCUCCAUCUGCAUCAUCUCUACCAUCUCCAGCUCUUCCA